CAGCCAGGAGUCACCAAGAUGCCCAUACUGGAAAAAGCUCCCCAAAAGAUGGCAGCAAAAACUCCCAGCAGUGAGGAGGAGCCUUUGCCCAAACUUCCAGUGCCCCCCCUGCAGCAGACCCUGGCAACUUAUCUGCGAUGCAUGCAGCACCUAGUACCUGAGGAACAGUUCAGGAGGAGCCAGGCCAUUGUGCAGCGGUUUGGGGCCCCUGGUGGCCUUGGUGAGACCCUGCAGCAGAAGCUCCUGGAACGACAGGAGAAAACAUCCAAUUGGGUGUCUGAGUACUGGCUGAAUGACAUGUAUCUCAAUAACCGCCUGGCCCUGCCUGUUAACUCCAGCCCGGCUGUGAUCUUUGCCCGGCAGCACUUCCAAGAUACAAACGACCAGCUGAGGUUUGCAGCCAACCUUAUCUCUGGUGUGCUCCAUUACAAGACCCUGCUGGACAGCCAUUCCAUCCCUACCGACUGGGCCAAGGGCCAGUUGUCAGGGCAGCCGCUCUGUAUGAAGCAGUACUAUGGGCUCUUCUCCUCCUACCGGCUCCCCGGCCACACCCAGGACACACUGGUGGCCCAGAAGAACAGUGUUAUGCCAGAGCCAGAGCACGUCAUCGUGGCCUGCUGCAACCAGUUCUUUGUCUUGGAUGUUGUCAUUAAUUUCCGCCGUCUCAGUGAGGGGGAUCUGUUCACUCAGUUGAGAAAGAUAGUCAAAAUGGCUUCCAACGAGGAUGAACGCUUGCCUCCAAUCGGCCUGCUGACGUCAGAAGGGAGGAGCGAGUGGGCUGAGGCCAGGACGGUCCUCGUGAAAGACUCCACCAACCGGGACGCGCUGGAUAUGAUUGAACGCUGCAUCUGCCUCGUGUGCCUGGACGCCCCGGGAGGCGUGGGACUCAGCGACACCAACAGGGCGCUUCAGCUCCUUCACGGUGGAGGCUGCAGCAAGAAUGGGGCGAACCGCUGGUAUGACAAAUCCCUGCAGUUUGUGGUGGGCCGAGAUGGUACUUGUGGUGUGGUGUGCGAACACUCCCCGUUUGACGGCAUCGUCCUGGUGCAGUGCACGGAGCAUCUGCUCAAGCACAUGGUGAAGAGCAGCAAGAAGCUGGUCCGGGCCGACUCAGUCAGCGAGCUCCCGGCCCCCAGGAGGCUGCGUUGGAAAUGCUCUCCAGAAAUUCAAGGCCUCUUAGCCUCCUCGGCGGAAAAACUUCAACGAAUAGUGAAGAAUCUCGACUUCACUGUUUAUAAGUUUGACCUCUUUGGGAAAACAUUCAUUAAGAAGCAGAAAUGCAGUCCUGACGCUUUCAUCCAGGUGGCCCUCCAGCUGGCCUUCUACAGGCUCCACGGGACACUCGUGCCCACCUACGAGAGCGCGUCCAUUCGCCGGUUCCAGGAGGGCCGCGUGGACAACAUUCGAUCAGCGACUCCAGAGGCACUGAGUUUUGUAAAAGCCGUCACCGACCACGAGGCUGCUGUGCCGGAGUCAGAGAAAUUGCUGCUCCUGAAGGAUGCCCUCCGAGCCCAGACUGAGUACACAGUCAUGGCCAUAACAGGGAUGGCCAUUGACAACCACUUGCUGGCGCUGCGGGAGCUGGCCCGGGACACAUGCAAGGAGCUGCCCGAGAUGUUCACAGAUGAAACAUACCUGAUGAGCAACCGGUUCGUCCUCUCAACCAGCCAGGUGCCCACAACCAUGGAGAUGUUUUGCUGCUAUGGUCCUGUGGUACCUGACGGGUACGGGGCCUGCUACAACCCCCAGCCAGAGAGCGUCCUUUUCUGCAUCUCCAGCUUUCAUGGCUGCAAAGAAACCUCUUCUACCAAGUUUGCGAAAGCAGUGGAAGAAAGCCUCACUGAAAUGAGGGGCCUCUGCAGUCCGCCACAGUCUACAGUGGGCAAGCCACUGGCAACAAAAGAAAAAGCAACAAGGCCCAUCGAGGGACACCAACCUUGA